GUUCUUCUUAGAUUGUUGGCUGUGUAUGGAAGAAUAUGUUCUGUUUACAGUUGAAUUGGAAUUAUUUUUCUCUUUAUUCUUAUGUUAACGAAAAAACUGUGAUUAUAAUAUAAACUUCAAAUGUACUUUGCUUAUAUGAAACGAAAUGAGUGCCAAAGAUAAGGAAGUUAAAACAUUAGACAAGUUAAAACAAUUUUUCAGAAUUAAUAAAGGUGCACCAGGUUCAACGAAAUGCAAAGAAGAAUUUUCCUUACCCAUUGAAAUCGAGAAAUAUUUGUCUUCUGAUACACCUUUGCACAUAAGAAUUAAAACUGUGAAAGAACUACAUGAAACAGUAUUAAAUAACAAAUUAGAGGAAAAUGCUCCUGCAAAACUGUGGUGUUUACUGGAAGAUUUAUUUAUCGAAGAAAAUAAAGAAAAUCGUCAUUUAGUGUUUGAGUUUUUUCGAGCUCUUAUUCAGGGACAGUAUGAGCGAUUAGGUAUUAUGAGGGCUCAGGUUUUUAAAUUGAUUAGAAAUCAUACUAAUUCCGAUGAUGUAAUUUUAAGGUUGGAGUUAUUUCAAAGUUUAACUGAUAAUGGUAAGGAUAUAUUAUAUUUAGAAGAAAAUGUUGGAAUGUUUCUUUUGGAUUGGAUGACAGUCAUUGUUAGUGUUGGAAAGGAACUGGAAUACUUGAAUAUUCUUAUUACUUGUAUAAAAUACAAUGCUUCAUAUUUUGAUGAAGAUAUAAUCUGUGGGAUUGUUGAGAAAACUUGUGGUUUGUGUUGUAACAGCAAGGAGGAACAAGUUGUUAUAAAUUGUCUGGAUCUCCUUGAUAAAAUUGUUUGCUAUACAAAUUUACCAUAUGAAUCCUUACCUCCAUUUGUUGCCACUUUAUGUCGAACUGUUAACAUAGAACUGUACUGUACCUUAAGUUGGAAGAUAAUGAGGAACCUAUUAGGAACACACUUAGGGCAUUCAGCAUUGAAUACGAUGUGUGAUUUACUUCACUGUCGCAUUUCUCAAACAGAUCCAGGUUUACUGAGAGGAGCAAUUUUUUAUAUUAACAUGGCUCUAUGGGGGAAUAAGAAAAUCAUAAACCUUGUCUGUACUCCAGUGAAUGUCCUGAAUGCAUUUCAAGCCGCGAUGGGAUGCAAACAUACUCUUAUCAUGUAUGAAGUGAUGCUGACAGUUCAAAGGAUGGUAAAGAAACAAGGUCCUUUUUUAUUAGAUCCCACUUGGGCUGUUGUUUUGCAAAUCAUGAUGCAUAUAGUUUUGUAUAUUGAAAAAGAAAAAAAAGUUAUAGAUAAAAACAGACCAAACCUUUGGAUGAACCAAGUUUUUAGCCAUCUUCAUGAAACAUUAAAUAGAAUAGAAUCAUUAAUAGAAGAUAAUAAAUUUAAUGGAAAAGUACAAAUGGUGUUUGAUAUUGUCGAAAAAUGUUCUUCUUCUAGACCUGAAAUAUCUGUUCAGCGAUUAAUUGUUUAUAUAGCAAAAUCCAUUUCACCUUCACGUAGUAGAUGGCUUGAAAAGUUAAACAGUUUGAUGUUAAGGUUUUAUGUUCAAGAUGAAAGAGUGUCCAUUCGAAGAAAAGUUCUUGGGAUACUGGAUAGUUGCAUUCAGUCGUACAGGCACAUGUUUGAAAGUGACUUAACUAAAAUUGCAUUAGAUCAUUUAAGUAAUGUUGCAAAUGAGCCCAACCUCUCAAUCAGGACAGCUGGAACUCAGAUUCUCGUUGAACUCUUUGUUAAUAGUGGACCUGCUCGUGCAAUGUGGGUUAUUGAAAUUCUGGAAAAGGUUCUCAAUAGACCAUUCUCUCGCGUAGAUUUUGCUUUGACAGAAGAGGAUGCUGAAGAUAUAAAAUUAGCUGCUCAUGGGCUCGUAAAUGGUCUAAAUGCCUCAAUGUUCCAGUUUCCACCUAUUCCUGCAAUAAGAGCUUUCAAUUUGAUCACUGAUCACCUCGAAGAACACUAUUUAAAACCUUCACUUUUAGCUCCUGUUAUCACUGUUCGGUACAUUAUGCUCGAGUGUCUUUUGAAAUUGAGAGCGGAUUGCUAUUAUAGACUAGGAGUAGCUGGUCAGCAUAAGAGACAUAGCAUUUUCCUUUUAGCCAGUAAACAGACAACAGAUAUCAGUUGUAAUGUGCCCCAAAAUGAAGUAUUUACUAUAGAUAUUAGUAGAGCAGUUGGAAUGAUUCUUACUGCUCUCAAAUUUGAAAAUGAUUGGAAAGUGAUGCUGAUGUUACUUCAAGAAUUACCCCAAAUGCUGAAAUCGUGUGCACUUUUCUUACAAAGAGAUUAUUCUUCAGAUAUUGAUCUCAUUGCUAAUACCAUCUGUACUUUGGUAAUGGAUGCAACUUUGAACCUACCAGACCGCUUAACUAAUACUCCACCAAAGUUCACUAGAUCUGAUUUCCAUAGUUAUGUGUUUCCAGUUGUUACAUCACUGAUACCUUAUCAUGGACAGCUUGAGUCAGCUUUGCAGCAGAAAUUGAUAAAAACCUUGGAAUGUGGUUUGGCAAUAAGAUCUGCGCGUCAAUGUGUUUUUGCUCUAACUUUAUGUGUUCUUGAAAUGCAAGAUGCUAUGGUAAAACUUCUUCCUGAAGUUCUUCUGAACUUAUCAAAGAUCUCAGCUACUGUACAUAUAGCUAUUCCAAUUUUGGAGUUUCUUUCAACGUUAACUCAGUUACCUAAGGUUUUUGCAAACUUCGUUGGAGAUCAGUAUAUGUCUGUGUUUGCCAUAUCUUUGCCCUACACAAAUCCUUUUAAAUACAAUCAUUACACAGUUUCCCUCGCCCACCAUGUAAUUGCAGCUUGGUUUUUGAAGUGUCGUUUACCAUUCAGAAGAGAUUUUGUUAAAUUUAUUAUUACGGGUUUAAAAACAAACAUAUUUUUAUGCUUUGAAGAUCUGCAUUUAGGAGUUAGGAGUAGUGAAUUAGUCAAUGAAGAUUCCUCUAAUCGAAAAAGAAGUUCUAGCCUUACUGAACAGGGAAGUCGUAAACGUGAGAACCGUCCUUCUGUCUCUUCAAGGCUUGAUCUGAAACCUCCAAUGGAUGAAUCACUUGUUUCAUUUCACAAAGAGCUAACAGAAACUUGCUUGGAUCUUAUGGCUAUGUACACAUUUUCUACCUGCUCUCCAAUUCCAAAAAGAAGUAGUUGUGCUGAAAAAAUUUUGAAUGGCGGCCAAAGUAUGACAUGGCUUGUUGGCAACAAAUUGGUAACUGUUACGACUAGUGGUUGCACAUUAAAAGCAUUGAAGCACGGUUUCUGCGACCAUUGUUAUCAAGACUGUAGGGUCAGGCCAGCUCCACCGAUUCCAAUUAAAAAGGAAGAUUCACAACCUUCUGAAAUCAUUCCAAACACUUCAAGUGCACCUACCUCACCUGACAGUGAAAAGCCUUCAGUUCCUCCAAGCUAUAUUGAACUUCCUAAAGUUACUGGAUUCCAUAGGCCUGAGAGACAAGUUUGUGCGUGUUGGUGUAAAACCUGGGCUGAAAUACUCAUAAAAAGAGCAACUGGUGCUGUAUCAUGGACCAUGAGGCUUUCAAAUGAAUUGCAUUCUCUUCAAUGCCCGAAAGAUUAUGUAUCAUCUGAAAUUUGCUCAUAUACUCUGCCUUCACUUAGUUCUAUAAAUUAUGAUGAUCAGGUUACUGUGAGAAAUGAAAGGGUUGCAUCUGAUCCUGUCAGUAUACCAUGUUCUCCAAUCCGAAAAAAUCUGCAUGAUUUUGAAGAAUUUGAAGAAGGUAGCGGUAGAAGUAGAAAUCCUGUACGAAGAUCUAAUUCUAGUCCAGAAAUGAGUUCCAAUUGGAAGAAUCCUCUUCUCAAUCCCGAUUCUGAAUUUGAUUUCUCAGAAAAUAAAAAGAAACAAACUUACUCAAAGGAUAUGAGAGGAAACUGCGAAGCUAUUCCAGAGGAAAUGGGAACAACUCCUCCGACUUCAGAGGCUCUUACGCCUGCUCCCUGUGAUAUUCCAGACUCUAAAUUAAUAAAACCUGAAUGUGAUCCGUCUGGCUUGCCACCCCUUGGAUUCAAACGUGAUAGAGGUCAUACAAUUUCAGUUAUGAGUCCUGCUAGAAAACCAGGAUCAGGGUGGAGUGAUGCUCGACCACGCAGUCCAAAGCCUAGAGAAAUCACUCCUACUAAAUCAGGAGUCAACCCAGCGUUUGCCUUCUUGCAGCUAUACCACAGCCCUUAUUUUGGAAUAGCACAUGAGAAGCCUAUUCUUAUUUCUAACAUUCCUUCAGUACAAGCCACUGUGAAAAACUUGGACUGGAUUCCUCCAUACGAAGUGCAUAAGAUUGGGGUUCUAUAUGUCGCUCCUGGACAAGCAAAUUCGGAAGUUGAAAUUUUAAGAAAUGAAUAUGGAUCUGCUAGAUAUAUGGCCUUUUUAGAGAGAUUGGGUAGCUUAAUAAAUUUAUCAGAAGCUGAUAGGCAACAGGUUUUCUUAGGAGGGCUGGAAACUAAUGGAAAUGAUGGAAAGUUUGCGUAUAUCUGGCAAGAUGAUGUUAUGCAGGUGAUCUUCCAUGUUGCUACAUUGAUGCCAAACAAUCCUAACGAUCCAAAAGGAAACAGAAAAAAAACUCAUAUCGGAAAUAAUUAUGUUACCAUAGUUUAUAAUGACAGUGGUGAAGAAUACAACUUUCAGACUGUUAAAGCACAGUUUAAUUAUGCAGUUGUUGUGGUUGAGCCUUUGGAUUUGGGAACAAACCAAAUAAUAGUUAAGGCUAAAGAAGAGCUGCAUCAGCACAUCAAUCAUACAGAGUACAAAGUUGUUUCCGACCACAGUGUUGCUAUACUUGCCAGGCAGUUAGCUGUACAUUCAAAUUUGGCAUCUAUGAUUUCAUGUCGUUUGAACUCUCCAUCAAGAGAGCCGUAUGCUUCUAACUGGUUAGAAAGGCUUAGGCAGAUAAAGCGUAUCAGGCUUAAGCUACAGCAAGAGCAGGGAUGUGGAGACGACAAGCAAAUGAAACAGCAACCCUCUCGUAGGCUUCUAAUUGACGAUUUUACAGAAUACACAUAGUACCUUCUUCUUUUGUUAACAUCUUCCUACUUUAUUUUAAAUUCAUCUCUCUGGUGUUUUAUAGCUUUAAAAUAGAAUUGUGAAGUUACUUUGUUCUUAAAAUGUUGAUUCUAUUAAUGCCUUAAAAUAUUUAAGUUAUUAAUCUACAUUUUUUGUAUGUACAGUUCUAAACGACUGAUUUAUUACUUGUUGACUGUAUUAACUUCAUUUAUUCGUAAUUAUAUGAAAUAUAUUUUAUAUAAAAGCAUGUAUAAUACUUUUAGAGAUGUAAGUUUCAUUUAUAAAAAUGUUAUUGCUGAAUUAGAUGAAUGCAGUCAUUUGUUACCUGAUUGACUAUAAGAUAGAUGUAUUUUGAAACCAAUAGUUAGUUUUAUCAUUUAUUUGUAAUGUUUAUUCCUUUUUUUUCAUACUUAUAAGAAAAGAGAAUUACCAGGUGUAUUAAGAAAUGAUUCUAUGAGUUGUGAUUUCAAAAUUUAUUUAAUUUCAAAUUUGUAAUAUAAAAUUAAUACAUUGUUUAAAUAAUUGGAACUAUUUGGUUUUAUAGUAAUAACCUGUUUCAUUAGUAUUAUAAAAUGAAUGUUUGAAAAGAUCACCAUCUAAGAUUUGACCAUUACUUAAAUUGAUCUUGAGUGGUUUGUCAUAAGUAGAAAUCCAGACAGUUUUAUAAAGGAAGUCCUUUAUGGAUGAAGAAGGGUUGUCAUCUAGUGGUGUAACAUCUUUUAUAUCACAGAUUAUAUCUAUCCGUUUUCCCCAAAAAUUGAGGUAUGCUAAUUUUAUUUGUUUUUGAUUUCUUGAAACAUAAACAUAUCCAAUAAGCCUAGAGAAUAACUGACCUACAGAAAACAAAGCAAUGGUUGAUGCGAUCCC